AUGUCGUCCGUAAACCAACCUCCCACCGUCAUUGCGACGGAGCAAACACCUGAGGAAGCGCGCAACAUCGCAGUGGCAAAGGAGUACAUGGCGAUCGCCUACUCCCCGACCGACAACAAAGGCGCCGAGUCAGUCCGCCACCUCUGCACAGCCGACAGUUGGUUCUGGAGCCCUUCUACCUUCCCGGGAUGUUCUACCCCCAUGGAUUACGCCGAGUCUCAUGCGCAUGUAAUGGCGUCUGUGAAUGACUUGCGCAUCGUGCGCUAUGAUCAAGCAUGGGCUAAGAACGGCCACGUCCUGUUGCGAUAUACAGCGGAGGGGUCACACUCGGGGGAGCCUUAUCAAAGCAUUGAACGGUCAGAUCCACCGAAAAAGGCCCAAUGGAGCGCUGCAGCUAUCUUUGAGAUUGAGGAUGGGAAGGUCAAGAGCUUUACCAAGGAUUGGGAUCAGAAAGUCAUGCAGAUUCAACUCGGUUGGGCACCUGUUGGUGAUAGUAAAGAUCCCCGAUGGGAUCAGGAGAUGCUUGCGCAGCCUGAGCUGGCUCGGAGUAAGAAAUAG